AUGUGGGGGCAGCAGUUGGCUUCUGGUGCUGACGGCAUGCAGAUCGACCUGCAUGGAUUCAGCCGAGGCCACGCCAGCAUCGAUCCUUCGCUCACCGACAUAGUCGAUGUGGACAAGAUCGACUUCGAGGAUAUGUCCUACCCUACUGGCUUUGGUGGAAGCUCAGAGCUUCUCCAGGCUUUGGCCGGCUUCUUCAAUAAUUACUUUCAUCCCUCCAAAGCUGUUCAACCGAAUCAGAUCGUCCCUACUUCUGGAGCUGGAAGCGCGCUCGAUGCGCUUCUCUGCACCAUUUGUGAUACAGAGGAUUUUGUUCUUGUUCUCGGUCCAUGUUGGGAGGGUUUUGGUCCAUAUUUCCUUAUCCAUGCCAACGCUAAGCCCAUAAUCGUCACCGCCUCGACCCUUGAGGGAGCUACGGAAGCUGAUAUCCUAGACGCUUUGAAAAACACAUACGAAUCUGCCUCUGAGAAACAUCGCAUCAAGGCGGUCGUCGUGACCAAUCCCAACAACCCCCUGGGAAGAUGUUACCCUGCUGACGUCCUCCGCGAGAUGAUGCUCUUUUGCAAUGCGCACGGAAUGCAUUUCAUCAGCGACGAGGUCUACGCCAUGUCUUCGUUCACGGUCCUCGACAGCGGCUGUCAUCCCUUUGUCUCGGCGCUGUCACUUUUGGACGGUGCGCUGAAUAUUCCAGACCUCGCCUCACUGGCAUCCAGAGUUCAUGUUGUAUGGAGCAUGAGCAAGGACUUUGGAUGCACCAGUUACUGGCAGACUUCCUCGUUGGCUAGCGUCGUGGCUACAUCUCUCCUCAAUUUUCAUCAGCUGCCGGGUCUGCUAUAUCAGAACUCCGAGCGUCUGGGUGCUGCAUACCGUCAGUUGACUGAUGGGUUGGCAAGACUACGUAUCCGGUACAUCCCAGCAGCCUACGGACUGUUUGUCCUGGCCAAGGUGGGUGAUCACUGCCACACCAAAGAAGCGGAAACGGCCAUGGCCAGAGCGCUUGCCCUGAAGGGAUUGAUUGUUGCGCCAGGACAGAAGUUCUCCUGCGGCGACAAGGAGUGUGGCUGGUUUCGGAUCACCUUUUCAACAUCUGCUGAGAAUAUUGACAGGGCGUUACGGACUAUUGAAGCCGUUCUGGGAGGUUCCAAUGAGGUUUGA